AUAUAAAUACAAUCCGCCAUAAUAAAACCAAAACCGCGUCUCGCCUCCAUAUGGUUCCACCCCCUUUUCCUUGCCUCCCCCCGCCCCCCAGCGCGCCUCGAUCCGAUGAGGGACGGGUCGAGGGGCAGGGGAAUGUCGUCGUCGUCUUCGGCGGCGGCGCACCACCACCAGCACCGGCGCCAGGGCGGAGGGAGCGGGCUCGUGCCGCUCGCCGCGCUCAUCAAGGAGGAGGCCCGCACCGAGCGCCGCGCCUGCGCCGGCGGCGGCGGCGGGACCAGGAUCUGCGCGCGCGACGAGGACGCAGGAGGCUCCGGCGUGGGUGGGGAGCCAGCGGAGGAGGAGGCGCGGCGGCAGCGCCCGCUGCUGCGUUACGGGUGCGCCGCGCAGUCCAAAAAGGGCGAGGACUUCUUCCUGUUGAGGACGGACUGCCCGCGACCUUCCACGUCUGCUUCCUCCUCCGCGGCCUCGCCGCACCAGACCUUCGCCGUUUUUGCCGUACUUGAUGGCCAUAAUGGUAACGCCGCCGCAAUAUACACAAGGGACAAUUUGCUCAACCAUGUCCUCAGUGCGAUGCCACGUGGGCUGUCCAGGGAGGAGUGGUUGCAUGCGUUGCCCCAAGCACUGGUCGCAGGGUUUGUUAAGACUGACAAGGAGUUCCAGAGCAAAGCAGGCCAAACUUCUGGCACAACUGCUACUUUUGUGAUAAUUGAUGGAUGGACUAUCACUGUUGCCUCUGUUGGCGAUUCUCGCUGUAUUUUAGAUGCUCAGGGCGGGACUGUUUCUUUGCUUACUGUGGAUCACAGACUAGAAGAAAAUGUUGAGGAGAGGGAACGCGUUACAGCAAGCGGAGGUGAAGUUGGAAGGCUUAGUGUUGUUGGUGGAGCUGAGAUUGGCCCACUACGAUGCUGGCCAGGAGGACUAUGCCUAUCAAGAUCCAUUGGAGAUAUUGAUGUUGGUGAAUUUAUUGUUCCUAUUCCUUAUGUGAAGCAAGUGAAGUUGUCAAAUGCUGGAGGAAGACUUAUCAUUGCCUCAGACGGCAUUUGGGAUGCAUUAUCCUCAGAGGCAGCUGCUAAGUCUUGCAGAGGAUUGCCUGCUGAGCUUGCUGCAAAGCAAGUCGUUAAGGAGGCGCUCAGGACAAGAGGGCUAAAGGAUGAUACAACUUGCAUUGUUGUUGACAUAAUCCCACCUGGUCAAACAAUACGGCCUCCAUCUCCACCUAAAAAGAUGAACAAGUUGAAAUCGUUAAUCUUCAGAAAGAAAGCAAAGGAGCCUUCUCAGAAAUUGACUAAGCAGCAUUCAGGGGCUGAUGCUGUUGAAGAGAUAUUUGAGGAGGGUUCAGCCAUGCUCUCAGAAAGUGUCUCCAUGAUGUGGGCGCUCCUUUUAUCUGCCAGUACCCUUUUAUUGUUCACAGCUUCAUUAUGGACCUUGGCAUUGGUCUUGUUUUUCUAAUGUGAGAAAUCAAUUUUUAGUUUUUCAGAUUUAAACAUUAUGUUGUUGCUUUCUAUCUAUGCUAUCCAUUAUAUUGUAUAUGCUGAAGCAUGCAUUCAGUAAGGCUGUAUAUUAUUUUUUUUCCAAGUGGUUAAUUUUCUGCAUACUACACAUCUUGUGUUUGAUCUCUUAUGUUUGCCUCACAUUAUUUCCCUGGAACAAGAAGCUGGUUGAAACCUCACUCCCAGUUUCAACAGCAUGGGUUUUGGAACUCAACCCAUGUCAAUAAACCUUCUAAGAGGUUGGCUAUGCUCAAUAAGAGUGACAUGAAAUAUUAAUAUCUAGGAAACAGUGGAUGUCAAAGGGAAAUCCUGCAGUACUCUAUAGACCAUAUGAAGGUUAAUGGGCUGCUGAACUUGGUUUGAACUGCCCAGUUUUUCAGUUUCUGGGGAGGGAGCCAAUUUUUGCGAUCACCUGGGUUUGAGGUGGGGUGUUUGGUCACCUCAGCAUAGCUCGAUUCUGUUGAAUCUGAAAUUACAUUGCUGGCUGCAAAAUCACAUACUGGCAUACAUUGUCAUCGCUAACUUGUUACUACUAGUACUGUUGAACUAGCGUGCUAAACAUCAUUUAAAAUUGAAAUGCUAUAAAUGUUUUGUUACCUGUCAUUUGGGAUAUCCACAAUAGAGCAGCAC